GCAGCGAGUGGCGGCGAGCGUGUGACACGCCGCGCGACACUCUCCCCGCGCACCGCAACUUAAACACGAUACCGAAGGAUUGCGUGUGCCCAACGGAUCUGUGACUUGUGAAUUAUUGCCGAUAUCUUGGAUAUGUGUGGUGAUUGCAGAGUGAUGUAAAUAAAAGUUUAUGUAUACACAUAAAGUGCAUUGUCGAAGCCGGUUCACCUCGUGCGCGAGGCCGGUUCCGAGUGCUGUGCCUGUACCCUUUCGGUUCGUGCUUUCUAAACGAAUCUCCACGAUCAGUGUAGGUUCGCCUACACGUUCCUACCUUCGUGGACUAAAUAUUGGAUUAGCGUUCGACAGUUGCCCGCGGACCGCCGGGCCAUGCUGUGAAGCGCUCCGCACGCCACCGCCGCGCCGGCGCACGCGCCCGCCUGCCACUGCUGCAUGAGAGCAAGAACGAAAAAAUGCUGGGCACGGGAGCGUGGCUGGUGCUGGCGGCGGUGGCGUGGUGCGCUCGCGCCGGGCCUGGCCCGCCUCCGCCGCCCACGGAUCAGCUGAGCUUCGCUCACCGUCUCUACAACGUCACUAUCCCCGAGAACAGCCCGCCGCGCACCUACGCCGUGCAACCACCUGCCGACCCACCCCUCGGCGUUCACCUGACCAUGAGUGACGCCAAAUGUCGAUUCAGAAUCCGGCACGGCGACAAAGACAAAUUUUUCAAAGCGGAAGAGCGCCUCGUCGGCGACUUCUGCUUCUUAUCGAUAAGGACACGUGCCGGACACUCCGACGUCCUCAAUCGAGAGCGCCGUGAUUCGUACCGGCUGGAAGUGCGCGCGACUGUAACUUUAUUUUCGGGACAGCAGCUAGAAGCCGACACUGAAAUCGCUGUAACAGUUUCCGAUGAGAAUGAUUUAAGUCCAUUAUUUUAUCCCACUGAUUACGAUGUUCUCGUAUCAGAAGAUACUCCAGUACAUUCCAGUAUUACAAGAGUGACUGCAGAAGAUGCCGAUCUCGGCCUUAACGGUGAAAUUUAUUAUAGUAUAGCGGAAUUUACGGAUCAGUUCGCUGUCCAUCCUACCAGUGGUAUUGUGACUAUUACGAGACUAUUAUCCGCCAGUGAAAAGAAACGCCAUAAAGUAACAGUGCUUGCUCGCGAUAGGGCGUCCUUACUGACGAAGGGUGAAGACGCGCCAGCUGCAAGUGCUACACUUACAGUUAGAGUCGCAGAAGUCAAUCUCCAUGCGCCUGAGCUACAUGUACGAAGUCUACCGGAACUCAUUGAGAACUCCACCGCUGAAAUAUACGCCAUCGUUGAGGUUACAGACCGCGAUAGUGGCGAUCAUGGUCGUAUUGCCAGCUUAGAAAUAGUCGACGGAGACCCGGAUGGUCAUUUUCGUGUUCGUCCCUCCACACAACUAGGAGAAUUUGAUGUGGUCGUACAUGCGCUGCUAGAUAGAGAAACUGCACCUCGAGGAUACAACCUAACGCUACGUGCAACAGAUGCCGGUCGACCACCCAGGUCUUCUUAUCUCACUUUACCAGUAACGCUAAUUGAUGCCAAUGAUAAUGCACCAGUUUUCAGUCGCGAGGUAUACGAGGCUAGUUUACCUGAAACAGCCCCUCCAAAUACGCCCGUAAUCAGACUUAAGGUGACCGAUCGGGACGAAGGUAGUAACGCACGAGUAUAUAUUGAAAUUGUGGGCGGUAAUGAAGGAGGAGAGUUCAUGGUGAACCCGGACACAGGAGUUUUGUAUACAGUAGUCCCAUUAGAUGCUGAAGAAAAAUCUCUUUAUACUCUUACUGUUUCCGCUAUAGAUCAGGGUAAUGCUGGAACUCGAAAACAAUCUUCGGCAAAAGUGAAAAUUACUGUUUUAGAUUGUAAUGACAAUGAUCCCAUUUUUGAACAAGAUGAUUUGGAAGUUACUAUUGCAGAAAAUGGUGCGAGUGGUGCAGUCGUUGCACGUGUAGUGGCUCGCGACGCUGACUCAGGUGAAAAUGCUUACAUUUCUUAUAGCAUCGCGAACUUACAACCAGUGCCUUUUGACGUAGACCAUUUCUCAGGCGCUGUGCGAACUACAAGACUUUUGGACUAUGAAAGUAUGCGACGCGAAUACCUUCUCCGAAUACGAGCCAGUGACUGGGGCUUGCCUUAUAGGCGCCAAGCGGAAAUGAAACUGACUGUUCGCCUAAAAGAUGUUAAUGAUAACCGCCCGCAGUUUGAACGUGUUGAUUGCGUGGGCUAUCUUUCGAGGCGGUUAGCAAUCGGAUCUGAAAUUGUGACACUCUCGGCUAUCGAUUUUGAUGCAGGUGAUGUAGUCUCUUACCGAAUAAUUAGUGGAAAUGAAGACAACUGCUUCGGUCUGGAUGCUGGUACUGGUGUGAUGAGUCUCACUUGUGAUUUAAGUGACGUUCGCGCGGAAACCCGAGUCUUAAACAUAACUGCGACCGACUCCACUCACUUUGCAGAUCCAACAUCUUUGACAUUACAUUUAGUUGGAGGAGGAAGUGCAAGCGACACUACUUCGCUAGAAUGCCGGGACACUGGUGUAGCGCGGCGCCUAACAGAGCUUCUUGCCGCCGCAGAGCGUAGCAAUGCCGCUAUUGAUUUAUCUGACGAAUUUCCACUUGCCUUAUCAAGAUACGGUGAAAAUCUGCAUGCUCCAGAAUUUAUUGAUUUUCCAGUUGAAGUAAAAGUAAAUGAAUCCGUAGCACUUGGGACGUCAUUAGUACGGCUACGAGCACGUGACCGCGACCUUGGAUACAACGGUUUACUCACCUAUGGAAUCUCUGGCGGAGAUUCAGAUUCCGCUUUUCGAAUAGAUCCCGACACUGGAGAUCUUCAAGUGAUCGGCUACUUAGACCGUGAACGAGAAAGUGAAUACUACUUAAACGUGACAGUGUAUGACCUUGGUACUCCACGACGUUCGGCGUCGCGGCUACUGCCUGUUACUGUUCUGGACGUAAAUGAUAACCCACCUCGAUUCGAAAAGACUUUGGCUAGUUUCCGCGUUACAGAAAAUGCAAUUAAUGGAACAGCAAUAUUUCGUGCAAACGCUACCGAUCGCGAUAGUGGUGAAUUUGCUCACAUCAAAUAUUCUCUCAUGGGGACAGGUGAUGAAGAAAAUGAGUUCUGUGUGGACCCCGAGAGCGGUGUUGUGACAGUGUGUGCCGCUUUAGAUCGUGAAAAACGCGCCCUUUACGAGCUAACAAUUCGCGCGACAGACGGUGGAGGACUAACAGCGGAGGCGCGCGUUCGUGUCGCCGUUGAUGAUGUCAACGACAACGCUCCUCGAUUUGGGCUCGGCGCGUACGGAGCGCGCAUCCGCGAGGACGUCCCGGUCGGCACGCUGGUCGCCGUUUUGGAAGCCUUCGACGCGGACCUCGGCGCGGGCGGCGCCGUCACGUACUCGCUGCCCGAUCAGCCGCCCGAAGACCUCGCCUUCACCGUCGACCCCUUAUCUGGCACUCUGCGUACCGCCAAAAGACUCGACUUCGAAGAGCGUCAGGUUUACGGCGUGACCGUGCGUGCAACGGACGGCGGCCAGCCCGCCCUUUGGUCCGAAGCCACAGUCAUAGUGGAGGUGGUGGACGUGGACGAGAACGCGCACAGCCCCGAGUUCGCGGAGCACGCCGUGCUGGCGUGCGGCGUGCGCGAGGACGCGGCGCGCGGCACCGAGGUGGCCACCGCCGCCGCCGCCGACGCCGACGCGCCCGGCCGCGACUCCCGGCUGGCGUACUAUGUUGUCGGUGGCUCGGGCAUGGCUCACUUCUCUAUCGACGAUGCGGGUGUGAUCCGCACACUAACGCCGUUGGAUCGAGAAACAACCCCGCACUAUUGGCUGACAGUUUGUGCACAAGACCAUGGUUUAGUGCCCAGACACUCCUGUGUACAGGUGUAUAUCAACAUAGAGGAUGUGAACGAUAUGGUGCCAUGGCCGGAACAAGCCUCGUACUCGGUGGAGGUCCCGGAGAACUGCCCGGGCGGCACCCGCGUCGCCGCCGUGCGCGCGCUCGACGCCGACGCCUCGCCCGUGCCCACCAACAUCACUUACUCCAUCGUGGCUGGAAACCCUGACGGAUUGUUUUCUAUUGAUGAGAUUACAGGCGAAAUAGUGACGACCGGGCGGACACUAGACCGCGAGACUAUGGCGUCCCACGCUCUCGAAGUGCAGUGUUCCGACGGCGAGCUGUCCACCACGGCGCGCGUGCGCGUCUCGCUGGCGGACGUCAACGACCACGAGCCCGUCUUCACGCAGCGCUCCUACGAGGUGCGCGUGCCCGUGCGCGAAAAGCCACCGCCGGCCACCGAACAUGUUUUACCGCAGGGCGACGCAGCGGCGCGCGACGAGAGCGCGGAGUGGGAGGCGGACGAGGACGACGCGCGGCUGGGCUGGGACGCGCUCGACGAGCGGCCCGAGCCUCGCGCCCGACAUCUCGCCACGGUAGUGGCACUGGACGCGGACGCGGGCGCCAACGGCACGGUGCGGUACAGCGGGCGCGCGCGCGGGCCGGCGCGGGGGCUGCUGCGCGUGCACGCGCGCUCGGGCCGCAUCUACGCCGCGCCCGCGCUGCCGCUCGCCGUCGGCGACGUCUAUGACCUUACGAUCCGAGCGUGCGACGGCGGGCCGCGGCCGCGCUGCCAGAAGGCGCGCGCGGCGGUGCGCGGCGUGGCGGCGCCGGGCGCGGGCGGCGCGCCGCGCGUGGCGCCGCUGCCGCCGCUGCAGGUGGCCGAGCUGGACGCGCCCGGCUUCCUGCUGGCCGUGCUGCAGGCCGCCGACCCCGAUGACGACCAACUCUAUUACGAUAUUGUUGAUGGUGACGAACGACAGGAGUUCUACAUCGGGCGCGAGGACGGCAGCCUCGUGUUAACGCGGCGGUUACUUUGGGAACGACAACCGACCUACAAGUUGAAUAUAUCUGUUAGCGACGGACUUUACACAGUUUACACAUCGGUAAACAUCACGGUAAUAAACGACGCGAACGAAGGCGGCGUGUCCUUCUCUUCGCCGGAGUUCCUGGUGGAGACGUCGGAGGCGCGCGCGGCGGGCUCGGCGCUGGCGGCGCUGGGCGCGCGCGGCGCGGGCCGCCUGCUGUUCGGGCUGCACGCCGCGCGCGCGCCCGCCUCGCUCGCGCUGUUCCGCCUGCACGAGCUCAGCGGCGUGCUGGAGCUGGCCAGGCCGCUGGACAGGGAAAGCGCAGCUAUACACGAGUUAACAGUGUGGGUACGCGAUCAAGCGCCGCGUGCGUCGCGUGCGUUCGCGCGCGUGACCGUGCUGGUGCGCGACGACGACGAGCACGCGCCCGAGUGGGGCCGGCGGCUGGCGGAGGCCCGCGUGCCGCGCACCGCGCCCGCCGGCGCGCUGGUCGCCGCGCUGCAGGCCGCCGACAGAGACGCCGGCGAUCAAGCGAAAGUUGUUUAUUCUCUCGCUGGAGGCGACGCGGGCGGCGCGUUCACAAUCGAGCCGGCGCUGGGCUGGGUGCGGCUGGCGCGGCCGCUGCCGCCGGGCGCGCGCGAGUUCACGCUGAGCGUGCGCGCCGCCAACCCGCCGCCCGCCGCGCGCGCCUCCACGCUGCCGCUGCACGUCAUUGUUGUCGAGCCCGACGAUCUGCCGCCUAGAUUCAUCAACGAAGACGUGGUUUGCGAAGUCUACGAAAACGAAAUGGCGGGAACCGUACUGGCCACCGUGGAGGCGCGGAGCACCACUUCCGUGUGGUACUCGCUCGAGGGCGGCGAGGGGUUGUUCCGGCUGAACCCGGCCGCGGGCACGCUCACCACCGCCGCGCCCCUCGACUACGAGCAGCGGGACUUCUACAACCUCACCGUCACUGCCGUCAACAUGGGUGGAGGCACGGCCCGCGAGCACGUGUCCAUCCAUGUGCUGGACCGCAACGAGUUCGCUCCGCGGCUGCUGCAAGGCGUAUACCGCGGCCGCGUGUCAGAGGCCGCGCUGCCCGGCGCUUUGGUUUCGGAACUGGUGGAGGGGGGCGGGGGGGAGCCGCUGGUGCUCACGGUGGAGGACGGCGACUCUCCCGCACACCGCCAGCGCGCCUUCGAGAUCUUGGAGCCCGGCGCCGCGGCGCUGUUCCGCGUGAACCCCACGACCGGCGCGCUGCACGUCCAGGCCAAGCUGGACUACGAAACUGACACUAAACAUGAGUUUACAGUUAGGGUAAUCGAUAUGGGUUCCCCGCGCCUCCCAUCGGAUAGCAUUGCAAAAAUUAUCGUGGAAGUGACGGACGUCAACGAUUGCCCACCGGUAUUUGAGAGCUCAUCCUAUGAGGCGAGCGUACUGCUGCCUACGUCUGAAGGAGUAUUUGUUGUUAAAGUGUCAGCGAAAGAUCUUGACUUGCCGCCCGAUGGCGCGCUCAAAUACGAUGUAAUAGAAGGGGAUGAAAGCGGUUCAUUUUCACUGACCGCAGACGGCGCGCUGCGCGUGUCGCAUGUCGGUGCGACCGCGCUCGCAGCUGGUAACGCGCUGCGACUCAAAGUACGCGCCUCCGAUGGACAAUACUCCAACACUGCACGAAUAGACAUACGUGUACGAGAACUAGACAACUCGGGCCUAGCUUUCCAGAAAUCAGACUACUAUGGCUCUGUGAUCGAGAACUCCACCAAACCCACCACCAUUGCGGUACUGAAUGUACUAGGAGCAGCACUCAACGAACAUAUCGAGUUCAGCAUACUCAAUCCCGUUGAAGGUUUCGAGGUGGGCGUCAGCUCCGGUGCUGUUCGUAGUACGGGGUUGGCGUUGGAUCGCGAGGAGCGCGAUUCUUACUUGCUGCUGCUGCAAGCCCGCGCCGGGCGCCGCGUGGCGCGCGCGCGGCUGCACGUGGCGGUGUCGGACGUGAACGACAACUGCCCGCUGUUCACGGAGCGGCCCUACGUGGCGGCCGUGCCCGCGGGCGCGCCGCCGGGCACGCCCGUGCUGCGCGUGCACGCCGUCGACGCGGACGCCAACGACAACGGCGAGGUCCGCUACGAGAUGAAGCGCGGCCACGGCGAGCUCUUCCGCGUGGACCGGCGCACGGGCCAAAUCUCCCUGAAGCAGACCGUGGACGCGCACAACCAGCUGUACCAGUUGGUGAUCGCGGCGUUCGACGGCGGCACCCCGGCGUGCGGCGCGGAGGCGGGCGUGGCCGUGCGCGUGUGGGGCGGCGGCGCGGCGCCGGCGUGGGAGCGCGCGCACGCGGCGCUGAGCGCGCGCGAGGACGCGCCGCCGGGCGCGCCGCUGGGCUCGCCGCUGCGCGCGCGCUCGCCGCUCGGCCGCCCGCUCAUCUACACGCUGGCGGCGGACGACGACGCCGCAAACGCCCUCUUCGAGAUUAACUUCGACGCCGCACCCGAAAGAGGCAAUAGUCCAUGCGUGCUAGUGGCCCGAGCGCCGCUGGACUACGAGACGAGCCGCGAGCACGCGCUGACGGUGCGCGCCACGGACGGCGUGAGCGGCGCGUUCGCCGAGCUGGCCGUGACGCUGCGCGUGCUCGACGUCAACGACUGCGCGCCGCGGUUCGCGCGCGACGUGUUCCGCGCCGCCGUGUCCGAGGCCGCCGCCGCCUCCGCGCUCGUCACCACGCUCGCCGCUAGCGAUAACGACACUGGUGUGAACGGAAAAGUGACGUACUCCAUGACUAGCAUAUCUGGUGAACCAGAGCCAGCCUUCUCAAUCGAUGCCGAAAGUGGAGAAGUGCGGGUGGCGGCGGCGCUCGACCGCGAGCAAAAGCAGGAUUACCACCUACUUGUUACCGCUUCCGACGGCGGCCGUCCGACUCUGCUUACCACUGCACAUCUUUUCAUAACCGUGGAAGACGUGAACGACAGUCCUCCGAUCAUGGAGCGCAGCAUCGUAUCGGCGCUGGUGUCGAGUGAAGCGGCGCGCGGCACGGCGGUGGCGCGCGUGGCCGCCUGGGACCCGGACGCGCGCGACGCCGCGCGGCUGCGGUUCGCGCUGGCGGGCGCCGGCGCGCGCGCCUUCACGGUGCACCCGCGCACGGGCGUGCUGUCGCUGGCGCAGGCGCGCGCGUGGGCGGGCAGCGCGGCGCCGCGCUCGCUCAACGUGUCGGUGUCGGACGGCGCGCACGCCGCCUUCGCGCGCGUCAAGCUGGCGCUGGCGCCGGCCAACCGCGAGCCCCCGCACUUCCCGCAUCUGGUGCACGAAGCGAGGGCGCUCGAAAACCAGCCACCUCCACUACUUCUUACUACGGUAAAAGCGUACGAUGAAGACCCUGGUGAAUACGGAACAGUUACUUAUUCAAUUCCGUCGGCCUUGCUGCGCGAAACUUUCGCAAUCGACGCGAGUAGCGGAGCACUCACGACACGAGUGCCGCUUGACAGAGAAGAACGCGCGGAGUGGGAGGUACCAGUGAUGGCGAGCGACGGCGGCGGGCUGGUGCGGCACACGACGGUGCGCGUGCGCGUGCUCGACGUGAACGACAACGCGCCCGUGUUCCCGCACCGCGAGUACCGCGCCGCCGCGCCCGCCGACCGCGCGCCCGGCGCGCCGCUGCUGACGCUGCGCGCGCGCGACGCCGACGUCGGCGACCACGCGCGCCUCGUCUACUCCGUGUACGAGGGCGAUGCGCGCUCCGACGCAACUGGUCUCUUUGCCGUCGACUCGCACACUGGCGCGUUAUCUUUCGCGAGAGACGCUUCCGCAUUUGCAUCGCGCACUUUACAAGUAUGGGUGCGUGCGCGCGACGGGGGCGGGCUGGCGGGCGAGGCGCCGGUGUCGGUGUUCGUGCUGCGGCCGGGCGAGGCGCCGCCGCGUGUGCACGCGCCGCCGCCCGACAUAUUCCUGCCGGAGGACAAGCCGCCCGGCACGCUGCUGGCCGAGCUCCGGCCGCCGGACGCCACCGACUCGCCGGACGCGCCACGUUACCGGCUGGCAGCGGGCUUAUGGCCGCGAGAAUUAUUCGCUAUCGACUCGAGCGGCCGGCUCUUACUCACCGGACAGCUUGAUCGAGAAACCACUCAAGAACACGAAAUCGGGAUAAUAGCGGAAGGCCCGGGCAGCCCGGCGCCGGCCACCAUGGUGCAGACGCGGCUGCACGUGCUGGACGUCAACGAGCACGCGCCCGCCUUCCACUCGCAGCCCUACGUCGUGCUCCUCGCCGAGAACGCGCCGCCGCACACCUCCGUCGUGCAGCUGAUGGCUGAGGAUCCCGACGCGGGCUCGAAUGGGGAAGUGCGGUUCUCCCUAGCGGCAGAAGGCGAAGGCGCGGACGCGUUCAGCGUGGACCCGUACACGGGCUGGGUGAGCACGGCGCGCGAGCUGGACCGCGAGGCGCGCGCCGAGCACCGCCUGGCGCUGCUGGCCAGCGACGCCGGCGAGCCGCGCCGCCUCACGCGCGGCACGCUCGUCGUGCGCCUCGUCGACUACAACGACUGCCCGCCACAGUUCACUCAGGAAGAGUACGAUGCCGAGGUGCGCGAGGACGCGGCGGGCGGCACGGUGGUGGCGCGGCUGGCGGUGCGCGACGCGGACGCGGGCGGCGCCGCGCUGGCCUUCUUCGUGGCGGCCGGCGACGCGCGCGCGCGCUUCGCCGUGCGCGCGUCCGGCGAGCUGCACGUGGCGCGCGCGCUGGACCGCGAGGCCGAGCCGCGCUACGAGCUGCUGGUGGCCGCCAGCGACGGCAAGUUCACCGCCACGGCGCGCGUGCGCGUGCGCGUCAUCGAUGUCAACGACAAUCCACCGUACUGCCCGCGUCACCGCUACGAGACGCGUCUCCCCGAGGACGCCGCCAACGGCACGCGCGUCAUGACGCUUGCCACCGCCGACGCCGACGAACCGCUCGAGCCGCAGCUGCGAUUCUAUCUCACUGGAGAUAAUGCACACCACUUUGCUAUGGACAAGGAAACCGGCGAAGUUAGCGUAGCCACAGAUCUAGAUCGGGAGUCGAUCGCUUCAUACAAAUUAGUCGCGCACGCACAAGACCGCGAGCGUACGGAAUGGGAAUGCAGCUCUGAAUUGCAAGUGGUGCUCGAUGACGUCAACGACAACGCGCCGCGCUUCUCCAGCGACACCUACAGUGUCACCUUGCCCGAAGACGCCGACGUCGGCUCGCUCGUAGCCAAGGUGCACGCCACCGACGCCGACCUCGGGGCGAACCGUCUCGUGCGCUACGCGUUCGUCGACGACGUGCCCGGCUUCCACAUCGCGGCGGACAGUGGCAUCGUCACGCUGCGGGCACCUCUCGACCGGGAAACCCAGGCCGAACAUCGCCUGGUCGUGAUGGCGAGCGACGCGGGGCGUCCGCCACGCUCUGCCACCGCUACUGUGCGCCUCACCGUGGCCGACGUUAAUGACAACCCCCCGGAGUUUGAGUUCCACCAAUACCGAGCGACGGUGGCCGAGCUCGCUUCGCCCGGCAGCGAAGUUCUACGCGUGCGCGCCACUUCUCAGGAUGCCGGCGUCAACGCAGACGUAUACUACUCCCUGGUUGGCGGUGACGAUCGCGACGACUUCGCCGUUGACCGAGCGAGUGGCGCACUUACCAUCUCUCGCCCACUCGACUAUGAACGCCGCCAAGAAUAUAUACUCACCGUGCAAGCAGUAGAUGGCGGCAGUCCGCCUCUCAGUGACCUCGCUAGCGUGAAUAUAACCAUUACUGACAGCAACGAUAAUGCCCCAGUCUUCUCGCAGGCAUCUUACGAAGCUCGUGUUCGUGAAGAUGCCAUCUUAGGUACCAAAGUGCUGCAAGUAAUAGCUGAUGACUCGGAUUCUGGUGCUAACGGUCGCGUCACAUACUCUAUUUUCCGCGGGGACCCCGAUGGUCACUUUUCUGUAGACGCCGAUACUGGAUACGUUUCCGUAGCGUCGCCGCUAGAUCGCGAAACUGUGCCGCUGUACAGUUUGGAGCUACGAGCACGAGACCGCGGCCUGCCGUCGCUGGAGACCACGUGCCUGCUCCGAGUGGAGAUAACUGAUGCUAACGACAACCCUCCCCUGUUCGCCCAAACAAAUUAUACUGCGGUCGUGCAGGAAGACCGCCCUCUAGGGUACACUAUUCUUAAAUUUGUUGUCACCGAUGCGGAUUCUUCGCCAAAUGCAGCCCCGUAUACCUUUGAUUUUCAAUCCGGCAACGAAAUGGGAACCUUUCGUCUUGAGCCUGAUGGAUUUUUGCGUUCCGCAACUCGGUUCAACCAUCGCAUUCGGGACCGUUACACAUUGCAAGUACGUGUUUUUGACAAUGGAGCUCCCCCACUAUUCUCAGAUGCAUGGGUUUACAUCAAAGUGAUCGAGGAAUCACAGUAUCCGCCUGUUUUAACCCCACUUGAAAUCGUCAUCAACUCUUAUCUAGAUGAAUUUCCCGGGGGCGUAAUCGGCCGUGUUAUUGCUUCAGACCGCGACGCUUAUGACACUCUCGUAUAUAGCAUCUCGCCCGUUGAUGGCGCCCUUUAUCCGCCAACAGAUCUCUUUACUAUUGAAAGUACCGACGGCACGCUUAGAGCCGCGCCUCGUCUCGAUGUAGGUGAAUAUAGAUUGAACAUCACCGUUGGGGACGGAAAAUUCUACGGAUUCGCUAUUGUUCGUGUGACAGUGAUAUUAAUUUCUGACGAAAUGCUCGCCCAGGCUAUUGUAGUCCGUUUUCGUGAAGUGACAGAUCGUGAUUUUAUAUUGAGUCAUCGUAAAGGUUUCGUGCGUGCCGUGGCGGAGGCGACCGACCGCGAACCGAGCGACGUGAUCAUUAUAAGUGUACAACCUUCUGGUGGAGACGUGACGAGCGCACGAACCAAGAGACAAGUGGCGCGCGACCUGGACGUGGCGUUUGCCGUGCGCUCGUCUCCCACCGGGUUCCUCCCUGCGGAUUCGUUGCGCCGACGUCUGCAUGCGCACUUGGAGCGCCUCGAGGAGCGCGCAAGACUGGUCGUCGAGGAGUUGCUGCGGGCGGCGUGCGGCGGCUGCGUGCGCGGCGCGUGUGGCGAGCGCGUGCGGCUGCAAGCUGCGACCAGACCGAUCGCCACCGACGUGUACGCAUUGGUCGCACCAACGCAUAGCCUGCACGGAGAAUGUGUGUGUGCGCCCGGCUUCGGAGGUGAGCGUUGUGACCGCGCACUAGAGUGUGUCGGAGAGCGGUGUUGUGAAACGGGCGACUGCCGCACACAACCGGCCGUCGCGCAUUUCGCCGGCGAAGGUUACUUGUUGUAUCGCCUGGAGCGCGGAGUGGUCGCCGGCGAGCGGCUGUUGGACGACGAGCUCUCGCUGUCGCUGCGCUUCCGCACGCGCCGCGAGCGCGGCACGCUGCUGUGGGCGGCAGGCCGGGUGGACUACGCCGCGCUCGAGGUGUCGGAGGGCUACCUGCAGUUCCGGCUCGAGCUGGGGUCGGGGCCGGCGCUGGUGCGCGCGAGCGUGCCGGUGGCGGACGGCGCGUGGCACGAGGCGCGGCUGGAGCGGCGCGGCGGCGCCAUGCGGCUGACGGUGGACCGGCGCAGCGCCGCGGCGCGCACGCCGCCGCCCGCCGCCGUGCUGGAUGCCGCCGACCGCUUGCUGCUGGGCGCCGCGCUCGCUAGACACGCACACGCCACCGCACCAGAACAGGUUACAUAUGGUUUUCAUGGCUGCAUGUCAGAUAUCCGGCUUGGUGGCGCAAACGGAGAGUUGCCACUAGACGAGGGAGCGACCUCUCGGGACGGCCGCGCCACACUCGCGCGCAAGGUGCGCGUGCGCGUCGUCGGCGCGUGUCCACCGCUACCACCGCCCACGCCGUGCGCAUCCUACCCAUGCCUGAACGGCGGCACAUGUCGAGAAACGCCACCGCUGCCGCUGCUUGAAGAUACUCUUGACGCCACUAACGAGGCAGAUGCGGGCGAAGGGUUCUCGUGCGCAUGUCACGCGCGCUUCCUCGGCGCCCGUUGCGAGAUAGACUCAGACCCGUGCGCGUCGGCGCCCUGUCUUCACGGCGGCGCGUGCACGGCGGCCGGCGACGGCUUCCAAUGCGCAUGCGCGGCCGGGCUAGCGGGCGACCGCUGCGAGCGCGGCCGGUGGUGCGCGCCCGGCGUGUGCGCGCACGGCGGCGCGUGCGAGGAGGGCGACUGGGGCCCGUCGUGCCGCUGCCGCGGGUACUACGGCCCGCGGUGUCAGUUCGACGUGGACGAGUGCGCCGGCGAGCCCUGUCUCAACGGGGCCACCUGCCUUAACGAACCCGGCUCCUUCCGUUGCCUCUGUCCUCCUGAUAAAACAGGUAUGAACUGUGGCAAUCCACUGUACUCGGACGCGGUAGUAGCGGGCGGCGCAGCCGGCGAGGGCGCGCGUGCGCUGCGCGACGCGUGGCGCUGGGCGCUCGAGGCGCGCUGGCCGCUGGCGGCGCUGGCGGGCGUGCUGCUGCUGCUGCUGCUGCUGGCGGUGGCGCUGCCGCUCGCGCUGCGGCGCCGCGCCGCGUCUCGCCGCGCCUCUCUCGACCUCAACAGCCGCGCGCUGGAGAAGCUGUCUCCGGCGCGCUCCAAGCUGUCCAACCUGGAGGCGGUGCGGCGCGAGCGCCCCGCCUCGUGCGCCGACUCGCCGCCGCUCAACAACGUGGACACGCUGCGCAGCUACGGCUCGGCCGGCGACGAGCUGGAGGGCAUCCCACGCGACUACCGCCGCAACCUCAACAUUGACACCGCCGACCGCAAGCCCUGGUCCGAACAGAUGCAUCUGCAGACGUUCGUCGACAAUCAAAUUUAUAAUGACCUGAAGGGCAGCGGAGGGCGCGCGCGGCCGCGGUCGCCGGGCCCGCGGCGCGCGCCCCCGCUGGCGGGCGCGGAGCCGCACAUGCUGGGCGGCUACCACUGGGACUGCUCGGACUGGUGCGGCGGCGCGCUGCCCGGCAUCAGCGAGGUGCCGGGCUCCGAGCGGCCCGACUCGUCCUCCCCGCCGCGCUCCCCCCGCACGCCCCGCACGCCCCGCACGCCGCCCGCGCCGCGCCGCGUGCUCACCGACACCGACACGGACUCGCCGCGGUUCCCCGACGCAUCGUCGUACUUGCUACAUCCAGACGAAUACCUGCCGCGCGCUGCCUCCGACUCCGAGCAGUACCGCGCGCGCUGCGUGCGAGAGCCGGACGCCGCCAGCCUCAUCACCAUGCUCGAGGAACGCAACUCUCUGUUGGGCGGGUCGGCGGGGUCGUGCAGCGACCUGUCGGCCAACCUGUGCGAGAUCGAGGAGUCGGAGGCGGAGGAGGAACCGCGCGCGCACGCGCACCCGCACGCACACUCGCACGCACACACGCACGCACACACGCACACCGACGUGUGACGCCGGCCCCGCGCGCCCGCGCCCGCCGCGUAGCGCAAAGACUGACUAGCUUAGGACUGUGUACAUAGAGAGCGCUGAGCCGAACUCGGACCGAACCUACUCUUUGUUUCAUUACCACGUCAGUCGCACCGUGCGCAAUUUGUUUCAUUGAACAUUUAUUUACUUGUUUGUGAUCCGAUAUAAACAUUUAUACAUACCUAGAAAUACAUGCUGUACAUAAAAUUACGAGUACGUACUCGUAUGUGUCUUUUGACCCAUUUUCAUGGUAAUUUGUGUCGAGUCUCAUCAAGUAUGUAAUGUUGUAUCAACCAACCAAAACCUAAUUAUUUAGAUUAAGAGAAAUUAUAAAUUCUAAAUGAAUUGAUACAGUACUUUGGAAAUCAUAUUAUUUUAUUGUAAAUUCCCUAAAAUAUAUUCUUACCAAUUAUGUUACAUAAAUAAAUUAUAUUUAAUUUAAGUUACAUCGCAAAUAGUUCGCACGGUUCGUCGACCUGCUCAUGUAAAUAUGUAGUAAAUAUUGACCAAGGGAAGAAGGUGUAAAUAAAUUUGGUAUGAAAAGAAUGGUUCGAUAAGAACAGUGUUGUUAAAACUAUAAUGGUGCUCUGAUUCAUAGGUUCAUAUCAUAAAAAAUGUAAACUGUGCAUUUAUACUACUAAAAUGGGAAACAUUCUCCUCUAGAUUAAGAUUAUUAUUAAGCAAUCUAUUUUUAUAUGUAUAAAUAAUAACAUGUAGCUAUGUGACGCGCCGGCCCCGGCCUCUUGUGAUAGCUCGUCUCUUCCGCGCCGAGCGCAGCCGCGGCCCCGCACGGCAGCCGCGCGCCGCGCUCCGCGGCGUUCCCGAAUUCGUUAGCCUCGUGUCCUUAUUUGUACCGUAUCGGUAUUUUUACACUUUGAAGUGAUUGUUGGUGUAAUAAAGGUCCUUUUUCUCAAAAAAACUAUGUAAUCGGGUAUUUUCACAAUAAUCUUUCCGUAUAUAUAGUUUUAUUUGUGAACCCUGACAAUCAAAAUAUAAC